CUUCUCAUCAUCUACCAUCUCGACGUCGACGACGGGCGCCGCAACGGUCUUUUGACCGCAUCGCCAUAAGCAGCGCCUUUAUCAUCUCAGCUUCUCAUUCCCGUCGAGCCAGAUCACACCACUGGCACUGGUCUCACCCUGAGCGCAAACCGCUGAGGCAACUCAGUCGCGCGUCUUUGUCCCGAGUAAACAAACCCUCGACCUUUUCUUCCUCGUCCUCCUUUCGAACAUCAUCGCCACUCUCACAUGACCAAUCGCGAUUGAAGUCACUGGCAAUAUCAUGCCAGUCUCCUCUCGGGCGGCCUCCCCCCACGCUCACUCGGGGGGAUACGCAGCAGCGUCUUCCUCCUUCUCCUCUUCUUCUUCAUCGUCCUCCUUAUCCUUUCCAUCCCUCUCGGCCAUGUUCCCAAGCACGUCUCGCCUCUUCACCUCCGAUGCCAUUCCGUCAGUCGCAGAGCUACAAGAGCUCACAAAGGGGCUAAGGAGCUACGGGAUUGAAUUGGAAGAGAGAGCCAAAAGGCUAGACAGGCAGGCGGAGAAGGUUGCCGCUGAGGCAGCGGCUGCAACGAGCGCUAAGAGCAGGGAUGUCUCGGCCGUAGAUCCUGCGACGCCGACGCGAGCCUCAAGAAGGAAGUCGUCAACGUCAAGGCCUGCAGCUGGCGUCAACAACUUCAAUACGAGUCCCACGGGCGCAGCACCGUCUGUUUCCACUGGGACCAAAGCUAGGCCGAGAGUGCAGGAUACAGACUACGCCGAGACCUCGGAUGUGGUGAUGACCGAUGCAGCACAAGAUGCGUCGAGAUCGCGAGCUUCGCCGGCUGCUGCUACUUCUCCAUCUUCACAACAACCCGGUCGACCCAAGAUCAAGAUCAAGCGAGAGUCGAGUGUCGCUAGCCCCGGAGCGUCAAGUCCUGCUGCCUUGCCAUUUGGCAGCUCUGCGCGCGAUAGCAUCGAUCCGCUCGACGCCGGUGAUGAGGCUCCACCGAGCAAGCCUGGACGUACGUACUCGAAGGGUAAGAGGAAGCGCACGGCUGAAGGAGUCCGAGAUGGGUCGAUGGCUAUCUCAGAUUAUACCGAUAGCGACGACGAGGAGGACGCUGAAGGAGGCUUGCAAAGCUCAAAGGCAGACUCACAGGCUCGAGCAAGUCAGCAGCCGAAUGAUGGCGUCAGCGACAGCAGUGCCGCACCCGCAUCGCGAGCUCGUCCUCUCGGAAUCCGUCUCAAGAUGCGGCCCACGGCCGCGCCUAGCGGAAUCGCUGCACUGGCAGAAGCACACAAGCCCACCGGCAUACAUCCGGACGGAGCACGCCCCAGCGUAGUCGGCGGGGGCUCAUCAGCCCUCUGGGCCCUCCCUGAGGAGACUCCGGAUAACAUCAUCCCCCCUGCACCUCUCGCUCGACCGCCCAAGCCAUACCCUACAGAACCAGCCGAGGUGGACGAGGACUUCACCGCCAUGGAUUGGAAAGAGCGAGAAAGGCAGCGCGAUAGAGAGGAGGCACUUAUGCAGGCGCAUUCUGCGUCUGCGAGCCCAGCACCUGGACAAGGCGUCUCGCAGUCUCAAAGGGACGCGGCGCUUGGUCCCUCUGCAUCGGCCUUGGCUAGUGCAGCGGCAAAUAGGGUGCGCAGCCAGAAUCAGCAGCAGGUCUCUUAUCAGGCUUUUCAAACGUACAUCGAGGGGUGGUUCAGGACGCUCACCGAGGAGGAUGUCGCCUGGCUGGGCCGCCCAGAACGCGAGGCCGAGGCGUUCCAGAUGCCCGCGGUGGGCAGGCACUAUAAGGAGGUGUGGGAAGAGGAGGACGCAAAUGGGGGCCCGCUGCUCUUCAAGUCAUCCGCUGCUGCAGCGUUAGCCGCGGCUACGAAUGGAGCUGCGAUGGGAGCCUCAGCCUCGACGUCCAACACAACGCCAGCAUUUGAUCCAAGGAUGCUCAACGAUGAGCAUGCCUUCGGGCUCGCACUGGAUGAUGCGAGGGGUGGGCCAUUGACUGAGCGGGUGCUGUCGAUGAUCUUGCCUGCUCCUUCGGGCGCGUCGUCGUCUUCCUACUCAGCCACCGCUCAAGGCACUGGCAGCAACAACGAGGUCAAUGGCAAGCCGCGCCAGACGAAUGGCCUUACCAUGAACGGUCUUCCUUCCCUCCCCAAGACGCUGCAAGACAUGGCUCAAUACGAAGCUCGCCUUCGGAAGGAGCUGCGGUUCCUCGAUAUCCUCGGGGACGAAGAAUCUCCCUCAGACCCCUCGUCUACCACUUCGCCCUCCGACCCUUCCGCCUCUUCAGGCAUCGACUUCUCACAACGCCAGGACGAUGAGAUUUCCCACACUCUCCGCAAAGUCCAGACCCUCCUCGCUAAGCAGGUCAAUAUCAACGAAGCUCGCAAAGCCCGGCUGAGAGAUAUUGCAAUGGACCGACUGGCGUACCAGGACUAUGCAGGCUGCUUGGGCAAUGUGGAGAAGUUGGUCGAGAAUGGGUGGUUGAAGAGACAGGCGUUGCUCAAAAAGUUGACGAGUAAGAAGAAGGGCAAGGCAAGUGCGAGUGCCAGCGCUAGCACAGCAACGGCUGGGGUGGGGAAGGCAAGCAACGGUGACGGCUCAGCUGCGGCUUCCUCAUCAUCAGCAUCCGGCCCCUCCUCCCUUCUGGCCGAGUCUGCCCUACCCGGCACCCCAUCCGCAGCGGGGACAGGCCCUGCACCCUCUCCCGCUCCCGACUCUCUGUUCACCAAUCGUCUGGCUGUCCCGCCCCUUGCAGAGUCCCUCGUCACAGCGAUGCGUAAGCGUCGCGAGCUGCAGGAGGCCUUUGAGCCCAUGUUUCGGGAGAUGCCGCAUGCUAAGCGCACGCCAAGGGAGAGUGUGUAUGGGGAUUUGGACUUGGAGAAGAUGUAGGGGC